CUUGAUAGCAGCGCGAGCCCCGGGCUUCCAAAUAAGGAAUUUGGCUCUCGCCGCGCGGACACACGGACGGACAGGGACGCUCCAGAGCCGCGAGCGGCUGACGGCGCUUCCCGAGACGGGCGCGAGCUUCCCUUUGAUCUGCGGCUCCGAAGCAGCUCCUACAUUCACCUGGCAGCGCGCGGCGUGCGGAGAGGAUCUCCAAUUUGGAAAAUCACUUAACUUUUUUUAAAGAAACUGGAAGGAUUUCUGGGAUUCCAAACAAAAUAUAUAUAAAUGAAAAAUAAACAGAGCAAAAAGCAGCAAAUAAAGGAAUAAAGUGAAGAGAAAGGCGGAUGUUUGACUGUGGAAUGAGGGAAGUUUGAUGCUGGAGCAGUGUCUGAACACCAGGAGGAACCUCUGUGGAUUUUCUGAUUCCGUUUUACGCACCAGGAGCGCAGCACGCGGACAGCCUGGACUGCUGACAUCUCCCUGCCCUCCGCAGCCCUCACAGCCCCGCACCUGUUCUGCUGCAUUUCCAAAGUCCAGGGCGUUUUGUGGACUUACCGCAGGACUUCCUGUGCUGGAUUUGGUCAAAGCAUCGCCCGCUGCCAUGCUCCGGACGGACUGCUGACCAACUCAAGGUUCUUGUUAACCUGAGGGUUGGCGAGGGCAGCCAUGGGCCUAUCACUGGAUCUUUGAGAAGAGCCGGAUUUCCUCUCUCUCGUCUCGCUUCCCACCCCGUUUUUGCUGUAAUUUACCAGUAAACCUGGAGGACUGAUCCAGAACCUGCCGUGACUCUGCCUUGUUUCACUCAUCUUUAGAUCAUGGAAACCGUUUUUCUCAUUCCUGGCCAUUCAGAACGGCCUCUUCCUGCGCUGCUGCUGUUAUUUGCCUCCUUUUUACUGAUGAGGGGGUGCUGUCAUGCAGCCCCCUCCGGUCCUGAGUCGGAUUCCUGCUCCACCUUAGUGCAAAACCGUUUCUUUGGAUUCUUUUUAUCAUCAUCAGCAUUCCCCUCUGUGCCUUGUUCCUGGACCCUGCAAAACCCAGAUCCACGAAGGUACACUAUUUUCAUCAAGGUGACCAAACCCACAAGAGGCUGCAAGUCGUUCCAGCUUCGCACCUUCCAGUACGACUCCUUCUUGGAGACCACACGCACUUACCUGGGCAUGGAGAGCUUCGAUGAGAUUGUGAAACUGUGUGACACCUCUGUCCCGGUGGCCUUCCUGGAAGCUGGGAAGCAGUUCCUACAGAUGAGGAAGGGACCUCCUCAGGCAGGCGCGGUGAUCCAGAAGGUCAAUGAGGAGUUUAAAACCGAGUACCUGGUUGUAGGGAAGCGCAAUCCAAGCAUGGCGGCCUGUCAGAUGCUGUGCCAGUGGCUGGAAGACUGCUUGUCCUCAAGCACGUCCAACAGACCCUGUGGCAUAAUGCAAACACCCUGUGUGUGUUGGGACAAGCCUCCUCUGCUCAGUGUGGGAGAUAGCUGCUAUCACAAUGGAGUUUACUUGGAAAACUGUUUACCCAGCGGGAAAGAGAGUAGAAAAAAUGGCGAAAUAAAUGGUGGUUGGAGUGGUUGGGGCCACUGGGGGCAGUGCAGCAGUGAGUGUGGGGGAGGAAUCCAAUCCCGGGCUCGGAGCUGUCGCUCUCCUCCAGAAGAGUCUUUCCUGUGUGAGGGUGUAGUGGAGGAAGGUCGGCCCUGCAACUCCCAGUCCUGCCUGGGCAAAGGUCGCCAUCUCUCCCGCAGCCAGUCUCUCCGCUCGGUGGACGGCCGCAAGCGUGAUGACGCAGAGAAGGCGCGCGGCGGACAGCAGAGCCCUCAGACAGUAGACUCCACCUCAGGGGAGGAGUGGUCAGCGUGGAGUGUGUGUUCUGCCACCUGUGGGGAGGGCUGGCAGAGUCGCACUCGUUUCUGUGUGUCCUCCUCCUACAGCACCCAAUGUAGUGGGCCGCUGCGAGAGCAGAGACCUUGCAACAACUCAGCCAUUUGUCCAGCCGCUCUGAUUGCAGUUCACGGCGCAUGGGACGAGUGGUCACCGUGGAGUUUGUGUUCCUCCACCUGUGGCCGAGGUUACAGGUCCCGAACACGGACUUGCACUCCCCCCCAGUUUGGGGGAGAUCCCUGCGACGGACCGGAGAAACAGACCAAGUUCUGCAACAUAGCCGUCUGCCCAGUGGACGGAGUCUGGAACGAGUGGUCCAGCUGGAGCUCCUGCUCUGCUACGUGCUCCAACGGGACCAUGCAGAGAACGAGGGAGUGCAACGGCCCCUCGUAUGGCGGCUCGGAGUGCAGGGGAGAGUGGCUGGAGACCUUUGACUGCUUCCUGGGGGAUUGUCCAGUGGAUGGGAAGUGGCAGCCUUGGUCCUUGUGGUCCGGCUGCUCCAAAACGUGUGGAGGGGGGAGUCAGCAGAGAACCAGGAUUUGCUAUGGGCCCUUCUUCGGAGGACAGCCAUGUCCUGGAGAGCGAGAAGAGAUCCGUCACUGCAAUGAGAAGAAAUGCCCAGAACCUCAUGAAAUAUGUGGCGAGGACAAUUUCUCCAACGUUGUAUGGAAGAUGACUCCUGCUGGAGAUACGGCUGCUGUUCGCUGUCCUCCCAAUGCCAUGGGACUCAUCCUGCGCCGCUGCUCCUUGGAUGAGGAGGGCAUCGCCUACUGGGAAACACCCACCUAUAUGAAAUGCAUUUCCAAUGACUAUCGCAGUAUUCAAACCUUAACUCGUGAGCAUCUGUCCAAGGCGCAGCGAGGCCUUGUGGGAGAUGGAGUCUCAGACGUGUUGACCAAGCUGAGGGUCACAUCCAGUGAUGGAACGAGCUACAGCGGCGACCUGCUGGCCAUCUUGGAUGUUCUGAAGAACAUGACAGAGAUCUUCAGGAGGGAUUACUACAGACCAACCAGCGCAGAUAUGAGGAACUUUGUGCAGUCGGUGAGCAAUCUGCUGAUGGAGGAGAACCAGGACAGAUGGGAGGAAGCUCAGCUGCUGGGGCCGAACAUCAAAGAGCUCUUCCGUCUCAUGGAGGACUUUGUGGACGUCAUUGGCUUAAGGAUGAAAGACUUCCACGACAUGUAUGAAGUCACCGAUAACCUAGUUCUGAGCAUCCAUAAGCGUCCCGUUCUGGAUCACACCGACUUCAACUUCCCCAUGAAGGGCUGGAGGGGGAUGGUGGACUGGGCCCGCAACUCUGAGGACCGAGUCAGCAUCCCCAAGAACAUCCUGUCCACAGGAACGGCAGAUACAGACGACUCGUCGACCUUUGUGACCGGUGUGGUUCUCUACAGAAACCUGGGCAGUAUUUUGUCUCUGCAGAGAAACAACACGGUUCUGAACUCCAAGGUAUUAUCGGUGAGCAUCAAGCCCACCCCCGCCUCCCUCUCUGCGCCCGUCGUGGUCGAGUUCUCCCACCUUUACAACGGCACCACCAACCAGACCUGUAUAUCCUGGGACGAGAGCGACAGCUCGUCUCUGCUGGGGUCCUGGUCUGCCAGGGGCUGCAGAGCUGUGCUCGUCGACUCCUUCAGAACCAAAUGCGUGUGUGACAGACUGUCCACCUUCGCCAUCUUAGCCCGGAUCAACCCCGACAUGAACAUGGACAAGCUGCAGCUGCCGUCCGUGACCCUGAUCGUGGGCUGCGGUGUGUCUUCGCUCACGCUGCUGCUGCUCAUCAUCAUCUACGUCUCUGUGUGGAAGUACAUCAGAUCUGAGCGCUCCGUCAUCCUCAUCAACUUCUGCCUCUCCAUCAUCUCCUCCAACGCCCUCAUUCUAAUUGGACAGACCCAAACCAGGAACAAGAUCUUAUGCACCCUGAUCGCAGCGUUUCUCCAUUUCUUCUUCCUGUCCUCGUUCUGCUGGGUUCUGACGGAGGCCUGGCAGUCAUACAUGGCGGUGACGGGCCGCCUCAGGAAUCGGAUCAUACGGAAGCGUUUUCUGUGUCUCGGCUGGGGUCUCCCAGCUCUUGUCGUUGCCAUCUCUGUAGGAUUCACCAAGGCAAAGGGAUAUGGAACGCCAAGCUACUGCUGGCUGUCCUUGGAAGGAGGGCUUCUCUAUGCGUUUGUUGGACCUGCUGCAGCUGUAGUCUUGGUUAACAUGGUUAUUGGGAUUCUCGUUUUUAACAAACUGGUCUCCAAAGACGGCAUUACUGAUAUGAAACUAAAGGAGAGGGCGGGUCAGAUGACAGUGCCACUGUACAAUAUGACGCUCAAAUGUGCCAAGUGUGGAGUUAUCUCUUCGGCUGACGUUUCCACCACAGCUACCAGUAACGCCAUGGCGUCACUGUGGAGCUCCUGUGUGGUUUUGCCUCUCUUGGCCCUCACAUGGAUGUCUGCUGUCCUGGCCAUCACUGACCGGCGUUCUGCCCUCUUCCAGAUUCUCUUUGCAGUGUUUGAUUCACUGGAAGGUUUUGUUAUCGUAAUGGUUCACUGCAUUCUGCGCAGAGAGGUUCAGGAAGCUGUGAAGUGCCGUGUGGUGGAUCGGCAGGAAGACGCUAACGGAGAUUCAGGAGGAUCUUUCCAAAAUGGCCACGCUCAGCUCAUGACUGAUUUUGAAAAAGACGUGGAUAUGGCCUGCAGAUCAGGCACAGGGAAGCGCUCAUCCCUCCAGGGGGAGGAAAAGGCCUCCUCUGGGACCCUCACCCUGCAGAAAGGAUCCAACUUCAACACCAUGCCAGCCAGCAUGGCCAAGGUUCACCUCCAGAAUGUGGCCGACUACUCCAGCCACACGCUGACGCUGCGCAGGGAGAAAGGCGCCACCAAGGGAAUCAGCACCGAGCUCCCAGGAGCUAAAUCCAUCUACAUCUGCGACGGUGAGCUCUUCAAGCAGCUGGACGGAGAUCUGCCUCGAGGGAACGGGGAGGGCAGCAGCUCCGACGGCACUGGCAAAGGUCCAGGUUACAUCAUUCUACCCACCAACAACACUGGGACCCUGAAAGCUGCCAAGGCUAAAGACGAGCAGAGCGCCAAGUAUAACACCACCAUGGAGCAGCUCCCUCAGAGCAGGCUCAUCCAUCUGGCCAACCCUGCCAGCGGAGAACCUGUCCCCGGCUUCGGGCUCAAGAGCCUUCCCACCGAGCAGGUCAGCGUGUCGUGCUCCGACAGAGACUCGCCGGCUCAUAACCUGCAGGGCGGAGCCAGAGACUCACACACAGCGAGAAGCUUGGCAGAUGCAGGCGAGUCUGGCAACUCUGGCGUGAUGUCCAAGAGUGAAACUGUGUCCACGCUGUCCAUGAGCUCGCUGGAGAGACGAAAAUCACGCUAUGCAGAGCUUGACUUUGAGAAAAUAAUGCACACCCGGAAACGGCACCAGGACAUGUUUCAGGACCUCAGCAGGAAGAUUCAGAGUGCAGACAAGGAUAGAGAGUCUCCACCUGUUGACGCCAAAGCUGCCAAAAGAUGGAGCGUGUCCUCUACCGGCAGCGACAAGACCAACAUGAGUGACAAGCAGCAGACCCCCAGUAAGAGGGCAUGGGAGGGCAUCCGCAAACCCCACUCGCCCCCAUCCUGGGUGAGGAAGGAGCUGGAAACUGUAGCCGCCUCUCCUCUGGAGCUGCAGACAGUGGAGUGGGAGAAGACCAGUGCCACUAUUCCCCUGGUGGGCCAGGAGAUCAUGGACCUGCAGACCGAGGUCUGACUCUCAAUGGGACCUCACACCCUGCUGCUCCCCACCACACACACACACACACACACACACACACACACAGGAGAAGGAGAAGCGCUGAGGACGAGAACGUGGAAAACCACAUUCGGAGCAAAGAGGAACACGAUGUCGCUUUUUGUGUUGCUUCCUUUGAUGUUUUGGUGUCAGCUAAAAAACUGAUGAUCAUUGAAAUGACUGGCUGGCAAAUCACUUCUACCUGUGAUAAACAGCAUACCAUGUUUCCCACUGUAUUCAAUGGUUACGACGUUCUAAUCCCGUUUUUCCCACUAUUGAGACUGUUGCUACAUUACCGUUCCGCUGUGUCCGGAUGUUUUCUCAUGGACGCUGGCGUUACGCUCCACUCUAAUGCCUCUCACAUCAAACUGACCCGGGCUUGAAGGAGACGACUACCCAGGCUACACCUGCUGCUCAGCUGCAAUGACGCCACAAUGAUUGGAGCAAACCGGGGUCAACGCCACGGAGACCAGCAGGGUCAGAGGACAACAACAAAAACACUAUCUGGUGGUAAUAUUCAGAGAGGCAGGUGUUCAGCUGGGCUUCAUUCUCUAAUUAAAGGACCGUCGUGGCGGUGCGUCCAGCGAUGGCUCCGGUUCAGCAAAUACCUGCUGCUUCAUGUUGCUAAUAUAAGGGACCCCUUGGUUUGAGAAAAGCUCCAAUCAUAUCAGUCCAGAGAUUCAGACUAACAGGGUCCGGUUUCUGUCGGCGUACCCCGAGAAUCUGCACGUACAGGUAUGUGGUCCCUGGGUCAGACAUGAUGGCAGUGUGGGGCGGUCUGUGAGGGUGGGGGGUGCACAGAUGGAAAGCACAAGGCUCCCUUUGGAGUCCUGAUGUAUAGCAUUGUAAUUAAUUUAGAGUUCUACAGAAUGGAUUUUAGCCUAUAAAUAUAUUUCUUACCGUGCUUGAGGAUAGUUGUUCUCAUUAUUAUGAAUAUAAACAUGAUUAUUCUGAUACCGACCCCCCCAUCGGGUACUGGACUGCCAGUGUUCUGUAUCGCAAAGUAACUGUGUGUGUUUUGAUAUCACCACUAAGUCCCUCCCACAGAUCUGUGUCUGUCUAAGCCCCGCUGUCCCCCCCGCCCCCCCUCCCAAACCCACCCCCUAUUUUUUUUGACCAGGACCGCUUCUUUGUUAAUGUACAGUUUUCAGAGCACAAUAUGAAUGUGUCUAAUUUCUAAUAAAAGCAUAUCUAUAUAAUGAA